CCGCCCCCAAAGUGGAUCCUCAAGUACUAAAUGCGGUGACAGUGUUAGUUCAUAAAGUCCACUACGCACAGGUAGAGCGAAGGAAUACAAGGGCACAGCCAGCUGGGGAUAGUGUACAUCUGAUAAGUGUUCUUUGUGUGGGCAUACUGUGGAUAUUACAUCCUCCGUGUAAUUGUAUGGCUACCACCACUCUGUUAACAAUGAGUACAGGGAUGGGUCCAGGGCAGGAGGAGCUGUUUUACACCCUGCUCAAGCCUGCGCUGACUGGGGAAAACCUGGAGAGAGACUCGACUCCGUUCGUGGGAGAGCAUAUGAAGAACACUGCUGUCAGGAUUCUAACACAUGAAUUCAGCCAGACAAGAUCGGAAAUGGAAAAGUACCUGAUGCCACAGCCUCAGCCUCAGCCUCCACCAGUCCCCACUAUUCAAGAACAGAAGAAAUUCCGCAGAGACAGUGCUUCGGGGAUAGACCAGUUCUUUAAUGAGGAUGAAGGGUCACCUUAUAGCAUCAACAUGAACGUCUUCCUGCCUGACAUCACACAUCUGCGGACUGGGUUAUUCAAACCCCAGAGACCGGCCAUGACCCAAAUAAAGACUGAACCUGUCUGCUCUUACAGCCAGCAGAAUGGUCCCACUAACAUGGCACAGACCCUUCCCGAAUUCACAAGUGUGUUCAACACUUCCCAGGGAACUCACGUCAAUGGCAUCUAUAUCAAACAAGAGAUGCCUUCUCCAGAAAUUCCUCAGCAGGGUCACUUGUUUCAUAGUGAUGCCCACCUGCCUUCUGCGAUGUCUGAUUUGAAUGAUCUUCAUUUAGCCAGCCAACAGACUCCCGUAAAACAAUUUCACUGCAUGCCCAAUGGCACCUUUACAGUUCCAACACACUUUCUUCAUCAUCAACAGCAACAUAAAAUAAAACAGCAUCAUGGAACCUAUUUCCCACCCUCCCCUCCGAGCUCCGAGCCAGGCAGCCCCGACAGGCAGACAUUGUUACAGAAUUUCUCGCCUCCUCCUUCCUACGCUGCAAGCAUCGCUUCCAAGCUGGGGGUCCAGAAUCCCAAUAUCUCGCCAGCAAUGCAAAUAGCCCAGCAGUCCAUGCCAGUCCGGUUUAAUCGUAGGACCAAUCCAGACUUGGAAAAGAGGCGCAUCCAUCAUUGUGACUUCCAAGGUUGCACGAAGGUGUACACUAAGUCUUCUCACUUAAAAGCCCACUUGAGAACUCAUACUGGUGAAAAGCCAUAUAAAUGCAUGUGGGAAGGCUGUGACUGGCGGUUUGCCCGCUCCGAUGAGCUCACACGUCACUUCAGGAAACACACCGGGGCAAAGCCGUUCCAGUGCGCAGUGUGCAGUCGCAGCUUCUCACGCUCCGACCACCUAGCUCUGCACAUGAAGAGACACCAGAAUUAGACAGGACUCCCUGAGGAUGGGCAACUUGUAUUGCCCAGUGUUUGCUACCAAUAUAUACUUUUUUGAUAUGUUGCUGCCACAGCUAGAUUUGAUGGUACAUUUUCACACUAAGCUUUUUUUUUUUUUGGGGGGGGGGGGGGGGUGACUGGAACUUUAUUUUUGUAUAGUUUGAAUGCAGCAUGGAGGAACUAAGGAAAAGCGUGGUUUAGAUGGAAAGUUUUGUAGAAGGUUUCUUUUGCGGUAUUGAUGCAAAUAGGAAUGAGAAAGAGCUGGUGCUCGCUACAAAGGUUAUUUACAUCUCACAAAAACACAGCUUUAUAUACUGUACCUUUUGAGUUGUUUUGACCAAAGCACUGUUGACCGUAGUGGAAGUUUAGUAAAUACAUUGGAGGUCAGAGAAAUGUGCAAUGGAAAGGACAAAAGCCUUCAGGUAUUGUAGAAAGUUUAUGUAACCAAAGAACAAAGCUCAGAUACUACUUGAAAUUGCAUAACUUCAUUCCUAUUUUUCUUAAAUUGGUUCUUAUCGGAUAGGAAGGACACAUAUUAGUAUUACUAGUAUGUCUUGGUUUACUUGGUGAUCUUGGUUUUUAUUUAAAAACAUACGCUAAGAUUUUGUUAAAAGUCUUUUGCUACCAUACUGUUUAUGCAAAACUGUGUAAGAGACCCACAAAAUGCAAAUACCUUAUACUUAGGUAUAAUGGUGAUUUGUUCGUUGUUGGUCUGACACGUCAGUAAUACUGCAAAUACCAAGCUGGCCACAAGGUCUUAGUGUGUGUUUGCCUUUUAGUGUUUGACAUGGUUUGAAAAAGGUACAAUACGGACACAUUGCUUUAAAUACCUUCAAACUAAUGUUAUACAGAUCUUGGUUAUAAAGGUGAUUCAAUUUACCCCCAAAAAAUCAUAUAAAAAUGAUACAUGAGAAACUAACCAUUGAUAGUUUCUCAAACUGGAAAGCAAACAUAAGAGCUGGUUUAUUUAUAUUUAAAGCACUGGCAGAAAUAGGAUCACAUUUUACUGACUGGAUUUAUUUGACCUAAAACUAGUAACUUGCACUUUGUACUGGAUCACAAAGCAUAUUGGGCUGCCCUCCAAAGGGUAAAUGAAUGUAUUGCUACAUAUAUAAUUCUGGAAAAAGCUGAACAAGUUAAUAGAACAUAUUUUUGCCAUUCCAAUGGAUUGGCCAACAGAGGGAUCAGACUGGAUCAAAUUGUUAUAACAAUGUCCCCAUGUUUAACAUAAUAAACUUCACAGCUAUUUUCAGUUGUGCCAUGCUGAAUCCUGAUGAAUAUACAUACAAUAAUGUUUUAUAAUAAACUUAUGAACAGUACCUCCACUUGAAGUGUUUUCAAAGGUAUUUUAUAAUUAAGCCCACAAAUCAGGAAUACAUUUUUAUACAGCACUAGUUAGAAGCACAAUGUUUUACAUGGGUCUUUGUAACAGAGAGAAAUAUUUUCUUUGUUAUACAAGUAUUCCUUUCGCAGUGUGGUUAUUUAUUUCUCUAAAUUAAUGGUUUUUGGGGGAAAAAAAGGCAAACUAUAGGCCUAGUCAUUUAUACAAAUAACUGAAAUGCCUUAAGAAAUGUAAAUAUUUGGUAUCUGAUGUACAUAUUUUGUAAGAUGUGUCUAAUCUUUAUAUUGUACCAGGAAACCGAGGCAAACAGAGUUGCUGUCCUGCUUCAGCAUUUCAUUUUUUUGUUGUUUUACUUUUCUUUCAUUUUUGUAAUGUUCUAUUUAAAAAAAAAAAAAACAUUUUAAAUGUACAAUGAAGCUGGAAAAAUGUUCACAUGUAUAUAUAAUAAAACAAAAUGAUGCCUGA